AUGCCAACCACACACAUUCUCUCUCUCCAUCGAAAAAGAAGCAACUUUUUGAGUUUUUUUCCCCCUCUCUCUCUCUUACUAGACUUUGUGCAAAACCCCCUCUUUCUCUUUCUAUAAAUACAAGUCCAUCCCCUCUCACUGCACCUUAUCAUAACUCUCUGUAGCGAAAAGUCAGCGCCUUCUUUUGUCUCUCUCUCUCUCAAAAAAAAAUUCCACACACUGCAGAGUUUGUCUCUCUAUGGCGGAAGAUUGGGAUCUACAUGCGGUGGUUAGAGGCUGCUCCACCGUUACAUCAUCCUCAGUGUCUUCUUCUUCAUCUCCUUCUUCCUCUGGUUUUGCCUCUUCUUACUUCCACCCUGAAGCUGCAGUUUCUUCUUCUUCUUCUUCCUAUUCUGGCUUCAACAUCUUCAAGGGUGAACAAGGAAUAAGCCAAGUUUUGUCGCUCUCUGCGUACCCCUUUGAGGCAAGGAGCUCCAUUGAGGAAUUGCAUGAGCUUUGCAAACCUUUCUUCUCCAAAUCUCAGCCUCUAACGUUGCAAGCCUCUUCACCUUUGUCCUCACUCUCUUCCUAUUCCUCUGCGCCACCCAAAUCUGUUUCAACGCAAGAGAAACAACAACAGAGGAGCAAGCAGGCACAUGCUGUCACCACCCCACGAUCUAAAAGAAGAAAGAACCAGCUUAAGAAAGUUUGUCAAGUGCCAGUUGAGAAUCUCUCCUCAGACAUAUGGGCAUGGAGGAAAUAUGGCCAGAAACCCAUAAAGGGGUCUCCAUAUCCAAGGGGGUACUAUAGAUGUAGCAGCUCAAAGGGGUGUUUGGCAAGGAAACAGGUUGAAAGAAACAGAUCAGACCCAACAAUGUUUAUAGUGACUUACACUGCUGAGCACAACCACCCUGCUCCUACUCACAGAAACUCUCUUGCUGGCUCCACACGUCAGAAGCCAUUGGUACCUCAAACAGCCACCACCACUGAAGAAGACUCUGACAAGAGCAAGAGCCUCACAAAACCCACUUCCCCUGCCACCUCAGGGGCAGAAGAAGAGGCUCCAACACCAUCACAAGGGGAAAAGUCUGAGAGCAGAGAAGAGAAAGAGGAUGUGAUGGAUGAUGAGGAAGAAGAUGAAUUUGGCUUGUCUGAUAUGGUGCUUUCAGAUGACUUCUUUGAAAGUUUGGAUGAACUGAGCCAACUUACGGCUCCUUCUGUUGUCACUGGAGACUGUUUCAGUGACCCCUUUUCAGCAAUUGCAAUCCCUUCUUGGGUGGCUAGUGGUGCUGCUACUGCUAGUGGGUGUAGAUGAUUCUUUCGGGCAAAUCAUCACAAUGCUUUUCAUUGAUGACAAUAGGGACCUUUUCUUUUUGGUUUUUGUUUGUAGAGGAAAUGGAACAUUUUGGAGGAAUCUUUACUAACAAUGGUUUGUGGAUGGGAGGAAAAGUUUUCCUUAGUAGAGUAGUAGUGACUAGUAAGGUAGAUCAAGCAUUAAUCUUGUUAAAAAUCAAUGAUUAUUAUUAGGCAUUCAUAGUUUUAUUAUUUAUGUCAUACCUAUGUUAAUGUAAAAACAAUAUAUUUUAGUAAGCUUUUUGUAUGCUCCUUGAGUUGUGGUUGAGUUCAUUGUAUUUGACAUUGGUUUUGUGAUAUAAAUUGGCAGAAGCACUUUUGGGUUGACUUA